CGCCCCCAUUCCCCCCUGGCCCCCUGCCCCCGGGGCCUCGAGGGGGAAGAGGCAGCGGUCCGGGACGGAGCCGGGGUGACCAGACUCAAGAGCCCCCCUCGACACCCCCCAUCGCCCGCGCUGCCCGUCUGGGAGCGCGGAGUUCGGAGCGACCCGGAGCGCUGCGGAUACAAAGGCGCCGGGCCGAGCCGGGCUCCCGGCGAGCCCACCCGGCAGUUCGCAGCGGCGGAAGCGUCGCUUGAUUUUCUCUGAGACAAGCCCACUCGUCCAGCAAAAUAGAGUCCCUCAGGGUGACGGUUGACUUCCUGAAGGUGCCUCUUGGCCUGAAGAAGCCGGUGCUGAAGGAGGUGGCUGUGGGGCCCCCCAAAAGGCCCCAGCCUGCGGCCCUGGAGCGCUAUAAGGCGCGGCGUUCAGACGCCAUGGACACCGAGUCCCAGUACUCAGGCUAUUCCUACAAGUCGGGCCACUCCCGCAGCUCCCGAAAACACAGGGACCGCCGGGACCGACAUCGCUCUAAGAGCCGAGAUGGGAGCCGUGGGGACAAGUCAGUGACAAUCCAGGCUCCAGGGGAGCCCCUGCUGGACAAUGAGUCCACGCGAGGGGAUGAGAGGGAUGACAACUGGGGGGAAACGACCACGGUAGUGACGGGCACCUCAGAGCACAGCAUCUCCCACGAUGACCUCACGCGCAUCGCCAAGGACAUGGAGGACAGCGUCCCGCUGGACUGCUCCCGCCACCUGGGCGUGGCGGCGGGGGCCACCCUGGCUCUGCUCUCGUUCCUCACGCCGCUGGCCUUCCUGCUGCUGCCCCCGCUGCUGUGGCGGGAGGAGCUGGAGCCGUGCGGGACGGCCUGCGAGGGCCUCUUCAUCUCGGUGGCCUUCAAGUUGCUCAUCCUGCUGCUGGGCAGCUGGGCGCUGUUCUUCCGCCGGCCCAAGGCGUCGCUGCCGCGCGUCUUCGUGCUGCGCGCGCUGCUCAUGGUGCUGGUCUUCCUGCUGGUGGUCUCCUACUGGCUCUUCUACGGCGUGCGCAUCCUGGACGCCCGCGAGCGCAGCUACCAGGGCGUGGUGCAGUUCGCCGUGUCGCUGGUGGACGCCCUCCUCUUCGUGCACUACCUGGCGGUGGUCCUGCUGGAGCUGCGCCAGCUCCAGCCGCAGUUCACGCUCAAGGUCGUGCGCUCCACCGACGGGGCCAGCCGCUUUUACAACGUGGGCCACCUCAGCAUCCAGCGCGUGGCAGUAUGGAUCCUGGAGAAGUAUUACCACGACUUCCCUGUCUACAACCCUGCCCUCCUCAACCUGCCCAAGUCCGUCCUGGCCAAGAAAGUGUCUGGCUUCAAGGUGUAUUCCCUCGGAGAGGAAAACAGCACCAACAACUCCACCGGCCAAUCUCGGGCUGUGAUCGCGGCGGCAGCCCGGAGGCGCGACAACAGCCACAAUGAGUAUUACUACGAAGAGGCUGAACACGAACGGAGGGUGCGCAAGAGGAGGGCCAGGCUCGUGGUGGCAGUGGAGGAGGCCUUCACUCACAUUAAGCGGCUGCAGGAAGAAGAGCAGAAGAACCCCAGGGAGGUGAUGGACCCCCGGGAGGCGGCCCAGGCCAUCUUCGCAUCUAUGGCCCGUGCCAUGCAGAAGUACCUCCGGACCACCAAGCAGCAGCCUUACCAUACCAUGGAGAGCAUCCUGCAGCAUCUGGAAUUCUGCAUCACCCACGACAUGACACCCAAGGCCUUCCUGGAGCGGUACCUGGCAGCUGGACCCACCAUCCAGUACCACAAGGAACGCUGGCUGGCCAAGCAGUGGACACUGGUGAGCGAGGAGCCAGUGACCAACGGGCUCAAGGAUGGCAUCGUUUUUCUCCUAAAACGCCAGGACUUCAGCCUGGUGGUCAGCACCAAGAAGGUCCCAUUCUUCAAACUCUCAGAGGAAUUUGUGGAUCCCAAGUCACACAAGUUUGUCAUGAGGCUGCAGUCUGAGACCUCCGUGUGACUGUGCAACAGCAGGGGGAGUGAGACACUCUGGGGGCUUCUGGGGGGCGGUGGGGGCUUGGUCCUCAGGCCCAGCUACAUUCCUGCCACCCUUCCUCCUCUUGCUCUUGGUUUUUUUACUUGAAUUGACUCGCCCCCACCCACUCCCCAGCUUCCUUAGAUUACCCCAUGUGAACCUGGAGAGACCGUCCUGCUGUCCACAGUACCCGGGAAAUCCCCUCCCCCAGGCCCUGCAG